GCCCUUCCCUGCGUGCCCGGCCUAGCACGAGGAGGACAUGUACCGUGCUGCAGAUGAAAUAGAAAAGGAGAAAGAAUUGCUAAUACAUGAAAGAGGGAUAUCAGCAGAACCCAGGCUAAGUGUGGCUCCUGAAAUGGAUAUUAUGGACUACUGCAAAAAAGAAUGGAGGGGAAAUACUCAGAAAGCCACAUGUAUGAAAAAGGGCUAUGAGGAAGUUUCUCAGAAAUUCACAUCUAUAAGGCGAGUACGUGGUGAUAAUUACUGCGCGCUGAGGGCCACACUGUUCCAGGCCAUGAGCCAGCUGGCAGAGCUGCCCCUCUGGCUGCAGGACCCGGAGCUCACGCUGUUACCAGAGAAGCUGAUAAACAGGCACAGCUGGAUCAAGCAGUGGAAACUCGGACUGAAGUUUGAUGGGAAGCAUGAGGACCUGGUUGAAAGAAUCAAGGAGUCUCUUGCCCUGCUGAGGAAGAAGUGGGCGAGCCUGGCUGAAAUGAAGACUGCUGAAGCCAGGCAGCUAGCGUGUGAUGAACUGUUCACAAAUGAAGAAGAGGAGUACAGCCUCUAUGAAGCUGUCAAAUUUCUAAUGUUAAACAGAGCUAUUGAACUCUAUGAUGAUAAAGAGAAGGGAAAGGAAGUCCCAUUUUUUUCUGUGCUCUUGUUUGCUCGAGACACAUCAAAUGACCCUGGACAGCUGCUAAGGAACCACCUAAACCAGGUGGGCCACACUGGUGGCCUUGAACAGGUUGAAAUGUUCCUUCUUGCCUACGCUGUGCGCCACACCAUCCAGGUGUACCGGCUGUCCAAGUAUAACACCGAGGAGUUCAUCACAGUCUAUCCUACUGACCCCCCCAAGGACUGGCCAAUGGUGACCCUCAUAGCUGAGGAUGAUCGGCACUAUAACAUCCCUGUCAGAGUGUGUGAGGAGACAAGUCUAUGAGAGACACACAGGUGGACAGCCAUGGGAUGCAGCACAGGUGCACACGGAGCUCCUCCUCCGAGGGCCUCAGGUCUGCAGCUCUCCAGGAACAAUCUGGGAGAACUCUUGGGCCCCUGGAGCCUACUUGGACUGUGAUGUUCUGAAGACUAGCUGUUGUAAUGAGAACUAGCCAAGUCUUCACUCACUGUUCUCUCUGUUACUCAGUGUGAUUCACUGGGGGCUUCAGCACGUGCCUUUGGAAGUACAAACUGUGUCUCCAUAAGGCAGAUGCUUUUGUGUCAGAGGAAACUGUUUGGAAAGGAGUAUGUCCAAUGAAAGUUCUGACGGUAAACUGGUUGUACUUUUUAA